AUGAGAGUACUUACAAACUCCUGGCUGAGCGUCACUGUGUUGGAGUUCUCCCUGGGUAACAAGAUGGUCUCCUGCAACUGCAAAUCCAUGAGAAGAGGUCUUGCUUAUGCGCCAAACAGCAGCUCAGAGCACCAGGCCUACUUGGAGUCUCUGGGUGGUGUCCUGGAAAGGGCCGAGGCCAGGCUGGCAGCAAAGAGGGCAGCCAGGGCAGAAGCCAGAGAGAUCCGCAUGAAGGAGCUGGAGCGACAACAGAAAGAGAUCUUUCAGGUGCAGAAGAAAUAUUAUGGCUUGGACACCAAAUUAGAUGACCGAGCGGACAGCAAAUGGGGAGAUAUUGAACAAUGGAUGGAGGACAGUGAGAGAUACUCACGUUCUUCACGGAUACACACGCUCUCAGACGACGAUGAGCGGAUGUCAGUGGGAAGCCGGGGCAGUGUCAGGUCGGAUCUUGAUGCAGUUGGGGCUUAUGGUGGAGGGGACUCCUCAGCACUUAAGAAGUCAAAGAAAAAGAAGAAACAUAAACACAAAGACAAAGAUAGGAACGGCUACGAUGAUGAUUACAGUGUUAUAUCCAGCAGGAGCUCAAGACUCAGUGAUGAAAGCAGAGUGUCUCGCUCCUCCAGGCUAGACCUAACGAGUUCCAGACUAAGUGAUGACACCCGGGUGUCUCGUGGCUCCAGAUUAGACCUGCAGCCGGCUGCUUAUGCUUCUUCUGACUUGUACAGCUUUAAUGGUCUCCCCUCCUCCAGAAACCCAGGUUCAGCUUUCAAUGGUUACCAGUUCUGCAGGUCACUCAGUCAGAUCACCCCGCAGCUCUAUCGUAGGAGCUCCUUAUAUGAAGACAGUCUCUGCAGUGGGUCACGGCGAGUCACUGGCUCCAGCUCUCAUCCUUUAGAGUACACUAGUUAUCGCAGCUCCGGCUCCAGAGCCUCCUCCAGGGCCAGUUCGGCCCGUGCCAGCCCAGUGGACAACUGUGGCUCUGUUGCCAGUUUUUUGAGGAGUGCAGCCAGCAGCAGUGGCCUCCCCCGAGAUCUGGACGAUGUUACUAUUCCUGACUUUUCUGACGUGAGUCGCUUUGCACCCGCAGGAGGCCACGGCUGUGAUGUGGAGGACAGAGAUUAUCUGGAGAAGGGAUCUCGAUCAGCUUCUGCCUUAACAGCAGCAACCCUCACCUCUUUAGGCGGGACUUCUUCACGGAGAGGAAGUGGGGAGACAGCUCUGACUGUAGAUGCAGAAACCUCUGUGCGAGAAAUCAAGGAGAUUCAUGAACUGAAGGAUCAGAUUCAAGAUGUGGAAACCAAGUACAUGCAGAACCUAAAAGAAGUGAAGGAUGCAUUAGUAGAAGUGGAGGAGAAGUAUCGUAAGGCCAUGGUGUCCAACGCCCAGCUGGAUAAUGAGAAAAACAACCUGAUGUACCAGGUGGACACACUCAAGGACUCGCUCAUGGAGCUGGAGGAACUGCUGUCUGAGUCACGCCGGGAAUAUGAGGAGAAAGUCAAGGAACACGAGCGAGAGAAACAUGCCCACUCUGUGCUUCAGUUCCAGUUCAAUGAAAUGAAAGAGACGCUAAAACAAAGUGAAGAGCUUCUAAAUGACAUCCGUCAGCUGCGUAACAAACAGGAAGGUUUUGUUAGGGAAAUAUCUGACCUGCAGGAGACGGUGGAGUGGAAGGAUAAAAAGAUUGGGGCCUUAGAGCGACAGAAAGAAUACACAGAUGCAAUCCGAAUUGAGCGAGAUGAGCUCAGAGAGGAGGUGGUGCAGCUGAAAGACAUUCUGAAGAAACAUGGAAUAGUACUGGGACCUGACCUAAAUAUCAAUGGAGAGGUUGCUGAGGCAGUGGACGGGUCCUCCAGUGCAGACUCUGCUUCCCAACCAGCUCAGGAAUCACAGACCUCCCCACCGGAGGGGAACAGCAUGCUCGGCAACACAGAGGAAACGCAGUUGAGAAGUAGUGGAGGGGAAGAAGUUGAUCCUGAGCAGCAUCAAGAGAUGUUUGAGAAAGGCAAAGAGAAUCACUUGAGCUCUGAUACUGUCUCUGCCAUUGGUGGUGUGUCCACUCUGGAGACAUCAAGCCAAGAACAGCCAACAGAAGAACAACAGACGUGCUUAGAAGACAAGGAGACUGCCACAGAAGAAGACACUUUUGAGAAGCAAGGCUUUAGCAAGGACUUAAAUGGUGGCAUUAAUGACCAGUUACUCACAGAAGCCAAUACAGAUACAAUUGUUUGCAGCCCUGACCUUCAGGGGAUUGUACCAAGUUCUGAGGAAAAUGUUCUAGACACAGAAACACCAAAGGGGGGAGAUUUAGGGGAGACCAGUAACCAAGACAGGGAGGAGACAGAAACUAACACCAGUAAUGUUGACACACAAAGUGAUGACAUUAGAGAGUCAUGCAACAACCUUUUUGAAAAACAAGAAAACAAACAGGAAGAUGAGGAAAGUAAUUUGAGAAAUACAGAAUCAUGUCCACAGCAAAAUGUUGCACAAGAUGUUGUGAAAGAAAGUUUACCUGAUGGAUCCGUCCCAUUUUCAUCAAACACCAAACUUCAACAAGAGCCUGAGAAUGCAGAGGAGGCAGAGAACGAGGAGGCAGAGGAAAUAUCAAGUAAAACUCAGCCUCACGGCACUGCUGCUUCAGGGAAAAAGAAGAAAAAGAAGAAGAGAGGCAAAAAGAAAGGAGGAACUCAUGAGGAUAAGAACCAACAAAAAGAUAGAACAGAUAAAGAAAAGGGCAAAACAGAAAAAGACAUGGAGUCAGCCACAAGAGGUAAAGGGCCAACAAUAGAACUUGAAGUUGAUGAUUCUGUCACUGAAACUGUCAAGGAAUCAAAUAUAGAUCAAGUUAAGGAGAAGGACAGGCAAGAAACUGAGGAGGUAGAUGGAGUAGAAGCAGUGAAGCCCACUGAAAUAUUUACUCCCAAUGAAACUCUCAAAGAAUCUAGUAUGGAUCAUGUUAUAGCAGAGCACGACACGGAGCAAACUUUGGAAACAAAAAAUGUGGAAGAAGCAGAAGCCACAGCAAAUCCUGAAACCUUUUCACACAUUGAAACUCCCAAGGAAGUAAGCGUGGAUCAUGUUACAGAUGAACAGAACGAGGGCCAAAGUGAAACUGCAGAAGUAGUAGAGAAAGAGGCACCAGUCACACCCACUGAAACCAUUUCUCAUGUUGAAACUCUUAAGGAAUCCAGACCAGAUCCCAGAAAGGAUAAGCAAGAUGAGGAACUAACUUUGGAAACAGGGAAAGUAAAAGAAGCAGAAUCUAUAACAAGUGAUGUUCCAGAAACCAACCUGAGUACAUCUGAUCCCAUUGACAACUCCAAAGGUGCUGAGAGCACUGAUGGUCUUGACAAGGAGUGUACUUCCAGUGUUGAUAACUCUAAAAGUGAAACAGACAUCUCAACCAAUGGCAAUGUCGUCCAUACUGCAUCAGAAACUGAAUGUUUGAUUGUUAGUGUAGAGGAUGAAGUUGAGUCUGUUGAUGAGAUGAAAUCUGAAUGGACAACUAAUAAUGCCGAAAACACCUUUGAAUCAAGCAGGAAGGAAAACACUGAAGCUGAAUUAUAUGUUCCAAGCAAUGGUGACAUUGCUGCUGAUGAAUCUGAAUACAAAAGAAAUUCUGAGAAUAAGGACAACAAUUCAAUGUCCCUUUCUUCUACUGAUGGCUUAACUAAUACUCUCAAGAGCUUGUCUGGCUCAGAGCUGGCCUCAAACCAGUCUGAAGCAGUAAACUCAGACAACAAUGACACUCUCAUCAAGGUUACCGAUGAAGGUCCCAAGGAAGCAACUGAGACAGUCAAAGAUGAUGAGGAGCCAGGAGCAGAGAUUGAACAGGAAUCCAUUUCUCCCUGUAUCAUUUCUCCCAAACAUGACAGGGAUGAUUCAGAGCUCAAAGCAGACAAAACUGAAAAGGAGGAACUGAAUGGAGACUCAAGGGAACCUAAAGAUUCAGUAGAGACCGACAGCUCACAUGACGAAAAAAGUGGCAGUUGUGACAGUGCAUCAUUAUCCAAAAGCACUGAUGCAUUAGACACGGUACAGAGUCUGUUGGAGACUGUAGUGCAGGCAGAACAACUGGAUGAUGUAGAAAACCAGACAUUACAGUCUGAGGAUCAGAUUGAUGAAGCAAAUGCUGAAGUGACCCCAGAAACAAAAGAUGUCGACAUGAUAAAUACACCAGACUCUCCAAAUCAGACUCCUGAAAUUGAGUCCUCUGUCGAGCAGGACCACAGUAGUGAAGAUCCGGAACAUAAAAACAGUCAAAAUGAUCAGCAGAGUGAGACACAGCAACUGCACGAACCCAGCUUAGACAAGCCUGACAGUAAGGAUUCAUCCCAACCCACCCUGCAUGACAGCGAUGAGGAGGACCCUGAAAAUGAUGAAGGGCUGUCUUUUGAUUUUGAUGACAUGGAUAUGGAGGCAGCUAUCGCAGCAAGUCUCCCUGAAAAUCCGAAACAGGAAGAAGUUGAGGAGGGAGUUGAAGUCAUGUCAGUUGAAAGCAACGACAGUAGUUCAGGGCUGUGCCAAAGUAAUACUGAGUCAAAUGAAAAUAGACAAGAUGAGCCAGUUGAAAGUAAUGAUGAGAAAUGUACAGUCGAUGGGGGUUCCCAGGUAGAUACACUAGUUACUGUGCCUGGAGACAACCCAAACUCUUUGGCUCAUGAUGAUGCCACGUCUAAUACGGUGGAACAUAUGGAAAAUGUGUGUGAAAAGCAGACAGAUAUGCCUGAGGCCGAAGUAGGUGUAGCAGAAGAACCUGGGCACAUUAUCGAGGAAGGAAAGGUUUUAAAUGCUGAGGAGUUAGAUGUUGUUGCAGAGGACAAUAACCAAGCAAUGUCAUUACCCAUAGAGGAAGGAUUGGAUGCCAUUAAGCAUGAGUUGCAGGGUGAAAAUUUGGAUAUGCCAAAAAGUGCGGAGGUUAGCAACAAAGAGCCACAGCAGACAGGGAGAGAUGUGAAGAAGAACAGCAAGAAAGGCAAAGGCAAGGGCAAAGAAGAGUGUAAGAUGUCUUACCCCCCUUACACCAUCUCCUUGGCUCCUCCCACCCCUGAGAUUCGCCUAAGGAAACUGGUGGAUGAGCGUGAAAAAAUGAUAGAGCAGGUAAAAAAACUAAAGGCCCAGCUGGAGGAGAAGACACAGAGGAAUGGCACUGAGAACAGUACAAGCCCGGAUGGUGAAAUUCUUGAAAACGGCAAUGAUCCAAACAUACUGGAACUGCAGAGAGAUUCAAACAGGCAAAUAAGUGACUAUAAGUUUAAACUUGUGAAGGCAGAGCAAGAAGUCACCGCUUUGGAACAAAAUGUGACCAGACUUGAGGGCCAGGUGACACGCUACAAGUCUGCAGCAGAGAACUCAGAGAAAGUGGAGGAUGAGCUGAAGGCAGAGAAACGGAAACUACAGAGAGAGUUGCGAUCAGCAUUGGACAAGAUCGAUGAACUUGAAUCAAACAACAGCCACCUUUCUAAAAGACUGGAGAAGAUGAAGUCUAGUCGUGGCAUGGCACAGACUCCAUAGAAGCACCGCCCACACACACAUCAACUCAACCCUCUGUGUCCAAAAACUGGCUCAACAUUUGGAGAAGAGCCAUCCUGCAUUUGGGGUUUCUCUUUCAUCUGCCUGAUAGCAACCUUAAGAAAAAGAACAAAAAAAAAUCAAGAAUUGUAGUUAUUAUAUUCACACAAUAGAGAACACCAACAAGCAAUGUGCCAUUUCUUUGUCUAUUUUCUGUCUGAUAAGAAUUGUUUGUAGCGUGUGCAUACUCUUGGAAAGUAUGUGAAGUUGGGGAGUGAAUGUUUGUGUACCUCAUGACUUAGGUUGAACCUCUGCACUGCUCUGCUUAAGGGGGAAUGGGCCACAUGGAGAGUCCUAAGAAGGAAUAGCACUGUGUUGUCCAAUGAAGCAAGGGACGAAAUGCUGCACUGCUGCCUCUCCUCAUGAUAUAAGAUAUGUACAGUACUUGUCUUGCUCAUAUGGAGGACAAAGAUAUACAAGAAAAGACAGAUGACCGUGCAGUGAACACUUUCAGUGUCCAUGGCCCAAGACUGUCAACCUUCACUGUGGAGAACACGAGUUCUUUGUGUGUAUUGUGAAUGAACGAGCAAAAUGAAGUGUAUUUUUCUCAUUUAAAUCCAAAGCCAAACUAUUUUUAAAGAUGUAAAUGUUUGGGUGUGUUUGUCACUUGUGGUAAAACUGAACAAGACAUUUUGUUCGCAGACAAAAGGGACUGCUCGGUUUUCACGGAGCACCCCAACACAAUAUAAUCAUCACAGUCAGAAAGUCACCAGCUUUCAAUUAUAGUUCCUUCAUGUAGCCAGCAGCCUGAUGCAGGUUAUUGAAUGUUGAACAGUUUGACUCACAGCGCGUAACCGCCCUUCUGCUAAGACACAGCCAUAUCUCUGAGCUUCUUUCAGCUUCAUAUAGUCUGUCACUGGUUGGCUCUUGUGCACACACUUAAUAGCUGAGACUUACUAAAGAAAUGUGACAACUGGGACUCAAAGUGGUGUUAGCAGGAGAUACCGAACACACUGGGGAGACGCUGCUUCACUGUUUACAAAGCUUUAAAAUGUUUGUAAGGAAACAUAAAGAACUGUAAUCUUUGUGCAAUAAAAAUUCAAAUCAUGUUGGUA